GGCGCGCUGCUCUGAGGUGUGGGGGGCCGGCCAAUGGGCGGGCACGUUGUUGUUGUCGGGCCGGCCGUUGUUUGGUGUCGAGCGGGGCCGGGCUCCGGGGAGCGGUGAGAAGCGGGCAGCCGGGGCCGGGCAGGUGGAGGUUCACCAGCUUGAACAAUGAUUUGUACUUAGAGCCAUAAAAAGCAGGAGGGAGGAGGAUCCGCAAGCAAAACAUCUAUAUUUGGAAGCUUGUUUCAUCCAGCAGCUCUCAGGAACAGCCCCGCAACAGCCUUGGUGCAGACAAGAGGAUGAAAUCGCACUCUCGGUGGGGGACUAAACAUGGAGAUACGCUGCGGCGGCCUCUUGUUCAGUUCCAAAUUUGACUCAGGGAACCUGGCCCAUGUGGAGAAGGUGGAACACCAGGACGGAGAAGGGGACGUAGCUGGGAACAACAGCAGCAGCAGCAGCACUACUGUGUCUGCGGUGUUUGGCAGCUCCCUGCCCACGGCUGACUAUGAAUUCAAUGUGUGGACCAAGCCCGACUGUGCUGAGACGGAGUAUGAAAAUGGGAACAGAUCCUGGUUUUAUUUCAGUGUGAAGGGAGGCGCUCCAGGCAAGCUGAUCAAAAUCAACAUCGUGAACAUGAACAAGCAGAGCAAACUCUAUUCCCAAGGCAUGUCGCCUUUCGUUAGGACCCUGCCUGUCCGGCCCCGCUGGGAGCGCAUCCGGGAGCGGCCCACCUUCGAGAUGAUGGAGACCCAGUUUGUGCUGUCCUUUGUGCACCGCUUCCUGGAGUACCGUGGCACCACCACCUACUUUGCCUUCUGUUACCCCUUCUCGGAGUGCCAGGAGAUGCUGGCCCAGCUGGACAGCCGCUUUGAGGAGUGUCAAUACAUGUCACCCAGCAGCACCCUUGACUCCAUCUAUUACCAUCGAGAGCUGCUGUGCCGCUCCCUGGACAAUCUGCGGGUGGACUUGCUCACUGUCACCUCGUGCCAUGGCAUGAGGGAGGAGCGCGAGCCCAGGCUGGACAGCCUAUUCCCUGAUGAAGCCACUCCUCGUCCGCAUUGCUUUGCAGGGAAGAGGGUCUUCUUCCUGAGCAGCAGAGUUCACCCAGGGGAAACGCCCUCCAGCUUCGUCUUCAAUGGCUUUCUGGAGUUCAUCCUGCGGGAGGACGAUCCCCGAGCCCAGAUGCUGAGGCGCAUGUUCGUCUUCAAGCUCAUCCCCAUGCUGAACCCAGAUGGCGUGGUGCGAGGCCAUUACCGAACUGAUGCCCGGGGGGUGAACCUGAACCGCCAGUAUCUGAGCCCUGAUGCAGAGCUGCACCCUGCUGUGUACGGAGCCAAAGCCGUGCUCCUUUACCAUCACAUCCACAGCCGUGGCCCACCCGCUGCUCCUGACUGGAGGAUACAUGCCUCCCCGCUCACCUCCAGCUCGCUAAGCACAAAAUCUUCCAACCAUUCCAUCCGCAACUGCACCGUGGCCCCGGAGGCUCCUCUGUCGGAGCUGGAGAAAGCCAACAACCUCCGCAACCACCCCAGCACCCAUCUCACGCUUUCUCAGGACCCCCAGCCGCUGGAAGCACCUGCUGCUGAGCUGGGGAACAAGGACCAAGCUGUGUGGAUCUUGCCUUCGGAGCCCACCGGGGAGCACUGUGAGAGGGAAGCCGAGACCGCCCCGUCAGUGGCUCCCCUGGAAGCCGUCCUGCCCCAGGAGAGCGGGCUGGCGUACUACGUGGAUCUGCACGGGCACGCCUCCAAACGCGGCUGCUUCAUGUACGGCAACAGCUUCAGCGAGGAGAAUGCCCAGGUGGAAAAUAUGCUGUUCCCGAAACUCAUCUCCUUGAACUCAGCUCACUUUGACUUCAUGGGCUGCAACUUCUCCGAGAAGAACAUGUACGCCAGAGACAAGCGGGACGGGCAGUCGAAAGAGGGCAGUGGACGAGUGGCUAUCUACAAGGCCUCGGGCAUCAUUCACAGCUACACACUGGAGUGCAACUAUAACACCGGGCGCUCGGUGAACAGCAUCCCCAUGGCCUGCCACGACAAUGGGCGGGCGAGCCCUCCACCCCCUCCAACCUUCCCCACCAAGUACACCGUGGAGCUGUUUGAGCAGGUUGGACGGGCGCUGGCCAUCGCGGCGCUGGACAUGGCAGAAUGUAACCCCUGGUCCCGGCUUGUCAUGUCUGAGCACAGCAGCCUCAACAACCUGCGAGCCUGGAUGCUGAAGCACGUGCGCAACCUGAAGGGCAUGGCUGCCUUCUCCCGCAAGAAGGGCUCCAACGGGCUGCCCGCCUUGAGCUCCGAGAAUGCCCUCUCCCGGGCCAGGAGCUACAGCCAUGGUACCAGUGGGAGCAGCGUCAGCCAGCAGAACUCGCCCCAGAUCAAAGCCUCAUCCAGCUUCACCUUCAGCUGUAACAGGGCUGGUGGCCCCGCAGGCGGGAGUCAGAGCCCUCAGAAAGGCAGCCCGAGGGUCCUGGCACCAGUGAGAGCGCAGUGUGGGCAACGCCGGAAGUGGAUUCCAGCGCACCGUGGGACGCGGCUUGAAAAGAAGAGGUUACUUACAGCGCCCAGGCCUGAUGUUCUGGAAGAUUUGUCCCUACGGGUGCUCUGCCACCCGCCCUCCUUCCCGUCUGUUUCAUCUCGUCUCGGCAGCACGUUGUGGUUCAGAAGGAACUGAGAGGGUGGUUCAUCU